AUGGCCCCAGUGAUCACCAUCGAGUUGACCCUUGUUUUCCUUCGCAUUGAUUGGCAAGCAAUGAUAGGCACUGCACAAGCUCGUAAGAUUCCUAGCGUGGCUGAGUGUGUUGCCAGAGUCAGUAAAGGAGUGCCAUCCGCUAAGCAAAUGACAUGGAACUGGGGCCGCCCAUUGCGUAAGCAUGUGGUCCCUGAGACCCUUAGAUGGGGUUUGUUUCUGCUAUUCUUUACCAUUAUUCUGCUGAGUGUUGACAGGCUCAAGCCGCCCCCUGGUUUGGUCUCAGCCUUUAAAUUCGUCCCGCGUCUUGGCGAUUCUCAGGGCACUUGGGCCAUCUUCUUCGUCCCCUCUAACCCCAACGCCCCCACGGCUCUAGCCACAAUCACCGACCGUCUGCACACCUCUCUAGCAGACGACCCGGUGCCCAUCGGCCGCUGGGCCCUCGAGCACAAGCUCAUGCGCGACACGCCCUCAUGUCUCCCUGCAUCCGCCUCAAGAGCAGCUCUCGUCCCACGGUACAUGCAGUUCCUAUCUCUUUCGUAUCACCAGAAUCACGGGUUCAUUUAUACCUCGGUGCCUGAGAACUCGAACGCGAGCGCUACAGGCCAGGGGAUAUCCGCGCAGACGCCGACACCAGCACAAGGCGCCGUAGGAUCUCCAGGCGCAGGACAACCCCAACAACAGCCGAUGAUCAUGACGACCGUACCGCUGCCCUCCAGCGGCACCUUAUUUCAGCAUUUCAUGUACGCUGCGCAGCCGCUCUGGUGCCAUCGACAUAGCGUGACGGUGCCCGGGGGCGCGGUGUACGAUGUCGGCGAUUACCGGGUCCGGGUGGGCGAUGUGCGGCAGACGGUCCCUACUGCGCGGGUGCGUGGCGCGGUGGUCGAGAUCGAGUGGCGGGGUCCGUCGUUGGUGAGAUCGAUUGCGAUGCAGAUGCAGAAGGCGAAAGCUUCUUCUGCGGAGGCGAGGAUGGGAGGUCAUGCUGCUGCUGCUUCUGGUCAACGGGGUUCCGACUCUGGUAACGACUCCGAUUCUGCGAUUGAGCUGCUGUUCGCGGAGGGCAUCGAGGAGGCAGAUAUCGACGCUGACUAUGUGGCGACGACGGCGCUGAUCCGUGAGUUCUGGGCGAAGUUGGGGAUCGAAGGGGCUAGGGAGGCGAUUCUACUGCCAGAUGUGGGGAAGGAGGUGAAGGGGAUGUUGAGGAAGUUGAAGCAGGGCAGGCCGGUGUCGAGCCAUGGGGAGAAGGAUGAAGACCCGGAUCCCGAGGCGGGCGUGGAUGUGGCCAGACAGUUCAUGGAGAUUUUCAGGUUUAAUCGGUGA